AUGGCCACUUCAUCGUCGUCGUCCGCGAACAAGUUCGCGACAAUGCCGCCCAAGACGGCGGACCUCGACGAGACAUGGACAUUCUUAACGGAGGGCGUUGACCACAUCAUGAACAAGCUUCAUGAGGGUCUUUCAUUCGCCGGCUACACCAGUCUCUACACGACUGUCUACAACUACUGUACUUCAACAAAGAUGCAUGGCAAGCUGGAGGGCAACAGAACCGGCGCUAACCUCGUUGGGUCCGAUUUGUACAACAAGCUCACGGAUUACUUUGCCAACCAUUUCAAACCCAUCGUCAAGGAAGCGGAGGUUCUUCAAGACGAAGCUUUACUCCGAUAUUACGCGACUGAGUGGGACAGGUACACCACCGGCGCUAAUUAUCUCAACCGACUCUUUACCUAUCUCAACCGAUACUGGGUCAAACGGGAACGAGAUGAGGGAAAGAAGGGCGUCUACCAAGUAUACACUCUUGCAUUAUCACAAUGGCAUCAGCACCUCUUCAAACCCCUACAACCACCAAUCACUGCCGCUCUCCUUCGCCUUGUUGCCGCUCAACGUGACGGAGCCACCAUAGACCAAGCUCUGGUUAAGAAGGUCAUCGAUUCAUUCGUUUCUCUGGGACUCGACCCCGCCGACCCCAACAAAGAAUGUCUUGACGUUUAUAAGGAGCAAUUCGAAAUGCCAUUCCUUGCGGCAACCGAAACCUACUACACUGCUGAGGCGGAGGCUUUCCUGAAUGCCGGAGGUAGCGAAGGUAGCGGCAACAUCCCCGAAUAUCUCAAGAAGGCCGAGGUCCGUUUGCGCGAGGAGGAGGAGCGUGUGGUGCGAUAUCUUCAUACCAAGACACGCAAGGAACUCGUCGGAAAGUGCGAAAAUGUCCUUCUCAGAGCUCACGCACCGCGAAUGUGGGAGGCAUUCCAAGCACUGCUCGACUUUGAUGCCGACGAAGACCUGCAACGGAUGUACGCCCUUCUCGCUCGCAUUCCGGAAGGUCUAGAGCCUUUGCGCAAGAAAUUCGAGAGCCAUGUUAAAACUGCGGGAUCGGGUGCGGUCGGUGCAUUGGUUGGCCCAGACGGCAAGGCAACUGGUGCGGCGGCGGAUGAGAAGAGCGGCGAACUCGAUCCAAAAGCUUAUGUGGACGCCUUGUUGUCUGUCCACGAGAAGAAUGCAGCCACGGUAGCACGCAGUUUCAAGGCAGAGGCUGGGUUUGCUGCUGCUCUUGACAAGGCUUGCCGAGAAUUUGUCAACCGCAAUGCUGCAACAGGAACGAAUGCCUCCCGGUCACCUGAACUUCUUGCCAAGCAUGCCGACAUGCUCCUCCGAAAGAGCAAUAAAAGCACAGGCGAUGAUGACCUUGAAGGUUCAUUAAACCGUGUUAUGGUCUUGUUCAAAUACCUCGAAGACAAGGACGUUUUCCAAACAUUCUACACCACCAAACUCUCCAAGCGUCUCAUCCAUGGCGUCUCGGCAUCUGACGAAGCUGAGGCCUCCAUGAUUUCCAAACUCAAAGAAGCUUGUGGCUUCGAGUACACCAACAAGCUGCAACGAAUGUUUACGGAUAUGUCAUUAUCGAAAGAUCUCACGGACUCAUUCAAGGAGCGAAUGGCGCAGACCCAUGACGAUGGGAAUGAUAUUGCAUUCAGUAUCAUGGUUCUCGGUACCAACUUCUGGCCCUUGGCCCCGCCGACACACGACUUCCUUCUUCCACCUGAACUAUUACCGACUUUCGAGCGCUUUACACGUUACUACCAGACAAAACACUCCGGCCGUAAACUGACUUGGCUGCACAACUAUUCGAAAAACGAGCUGCGAACCAACUACACGAAUCAGAAAUACAUCCUCAUGACCAGUGCUUACCAAGCAGCCGUUCUGUUACAAUACAACCGGAAUGACACGCUCAGUCUGCAAGAGCUGCAGGCGGCAACGAAAAUCAGUGACGAGAUCUUGAGUCAGGUGUUGGGACUGUUGACCAAAGCCAAAGUACUGGUGAAUGAGGAGAAGGAUCAAUACGACCUGAACCCAGGCUUCAAAUCGAAAAAGAUACGAGUCAACCUGAACAUGCCGAUCAAGGCUGAGGUCAAGGCUGAGGAGAGCGAGGUCCGGAAAGCGGUCGACGAGGACCGCAAGUACGUCAUCCAAGCCACAAUUGUCCGCAUCAUGAAGGCGCGCAAGACGAUGAAAAACCAGGCGCUAAUUCAGGAGGUUAUCUCGCAAAUAUCCCAGCGUUUCGCCCCCAAGAUUCCAGAUAUCAAGAAGGCGAUAGAGACGCUACUCGAGAAGGAGUACAUCGAGCGUGUUGAUGGGAGCAAGGACACAUUUGCGUACGUCGCGUAG